AUGAUCAGCUCAAUGUGUGUGUCCUCUCAGGGCCAUACUUUGGCCCACGCCAUGGCCUCAUCGAAAACACAUCUAAGGGAAGACUGGGACAGAAAAGGGGAUGUCACAAAAAAGGUUGUGAUCAACGUUGGUGGCAUGCGUCAUGAAACUUACAUGGGCACUCUCAAGAGCUUGCCCGGGACCCGUUUGGCUAAACUGAUGGACCAUGACCUCACUGAAUUCUUCUUCGACAGACAUCCAGGUGUUUUCUCCAAUGUUCUGAAUUAUUACAGAACCGGUAAGCUUCACUGUCCAACAGAUGUCUGUGGUCCGCUUUUUGAAGAGGAGUUGGCUUUUUGGGAGGUCGACGAGGCAGAAGUGGAACCUUGCUGCUGGAUAACAUUCCGCCAACAUAGGGAUGCCGAAGAGGCCCUUGCAGCAUUCGGGCCAUCUGACUCAAAUGUGCGCCACAAUGAAGAGUUUCCAGAUCAAUUCGAUGUUGAAGACAACCAACCAAAUUCUCAGAGCUGCUUCAAAAGGUGGAAACCAAAAAUAUGGGCUCUAUUUGACAACCCAUUCUCGUCUAUGGCUGCCAAGGUGUGUAUUAUUUGUUCUCUCCCAAUGAAAAAAAGCCACUUUAACCUCUUGUAGUUUUGAUCCCCAAGUCAAGAACAGACUAUAGCAGGUGUACAGUACUACAUAGAGCCAUGGCUACAUGGAACUCUAUUCCACAUCAGGUAACUGAUGCAAGCAGUAGAAUCAGAUUUAAAAAAUAGAUAAAGGUACACCUUAUGGAACAGCGGGGACUAAAAAGACACACAUACACAUAACAAGACACGCACGUACACAUGUAUGAAGGCAAUUCGUAAUCCAAUUCCAAACUUGCCUUGAGUCCACAGGUAUGUGAUGCCGUAGUCAGACGCGUUUCCAAAGCAACCACAGAACAGGGACUCCAAAGCUCCAAUAGUCUAAAAACAAACAUUUAUUCUCCAAACAAAAGGACAUUUCAUAGGCUAUAUUCCAUCGAUGAACAAAGUCAAAGCGAUCAGAUUUAUACUGUAAACAAAAUAUAUAGACUAGUAGCAGCUUUCUUAGUUCCAAGUCGUAGCGUAGCGGUCAAAAAACUGUACAGUACCGCCAUACCUGAGGCCUAGUGGACCCAUACUGCAAAAAACCUAAAUAGGUAAAGGGAAGGGGAACAUGGGGAAAAAAAGGGGUGUGUCCAGGAAAGGCUCCAUAAUGCUUUUAAAUACCCAUGAUAAUCAUAAUAGAAAACCAAAAACAUGUUAUGACAUCUAUAGAAAAGACAGAAAUGCCAAUGGUGGAGGAGUUGCUGUUUAUAUUCAGAACCACAUUCCUGUAAAGGUUAGAGAGGAUCUCAUGUUAAAUACUGUUGAAGUAAUAUGGCUACAGGUUAAUCUGCCUCACCUAAAGCCCAUUCUUGUGGGAAGCUGCUAUAGACCACCAAGUGCUAACAGUCAGUAUCUGGAUAAUAUGUGUGAAAUGCUUGAUAAUGUAUGUGACAUCAACAGAGAGGUAUAUUUUCUGGGUGUUUUAAAUAUUGACUGGCUUUCAUCAAGCUGCCCACUCAAGAAAAAGCUUCAAACUGUAACUAGUGCCUGCAACCUGGUUCAGGUUAUUAGUCAACCUACCAGGGUAGUUACAAACAGCACAGAAAUGAAAUCAUCAACAUGUCUCCAAUUUGUAAGUCGCUCUGGAUAAGAGCGUCUGCUAAAUGACGUAAAUGUAAAUGUAAAUGUAUUGAUAACAUCUUUACUAAUGCUGCAGAAAUGUGCUUUAAAGCAGUAUCCAAAUCCAUCGGAUGUAGUGACAAUAUAGUAGCCAUAUCUAGGAAAACCAAAGUUCCGAAGGCUGGGCAUAACGUAGUGUAUAAGAGGUCAUACAAUAAGUUUUGUAGUGAUUCCUAUGUUGAUGAUGUAAAGAAUAUUUGCUGGUCUGUUGUGUGUAAUGAGGAGCAACCAGACACUGCACUUGACAUAUUUAUGAAGUUGCUUAUUCCAGUUACUAAUAAGCAUGCACCCAUUAAGAAAAUGACUGUACAAACUGUUAAAUCCAUGUGGAUUGAUGAGGAAUAGAAAAAUGGUAUGCUUGAGAGGGAUGAGGCUAAAGGAAUGGUAAAUAAGUCUUGCUGCACAACCGAUUGGCAAACGUUCUGUAAAUUGAGAAAUGAAGUGGCUAAACUGAAUAAAAAGAGAAGAAACUAUACUAUGAAACAAAGAUAAAUGAUAUAUAGAAUGAUAGUAAAAAGCUUUGGAGUACAUUCAAUUACAUUUUGGGCAAAAAGGCAAACUCAGAUGGUUCAUUCAUCACAAAACCCACUGAUAUUGCCAAUGACUUCACUACACAUCCAAGUAUAACUGAUCAAAUUAUGAAAGACUAGCAUUGGAAUUUUGAAUUCCGUAAAGCGAGUGUGGAAGAGCUGAAAAAUGAUUGUUGUCUAUCAACAAUGACAAGCCACCGGGGUCUGACAACUUGGAUGGAAAAUUACUGAGGAUAAUAGCGGACGAUAUUGCCACUCCUAUUUGCCAUAUUUUCAAUCUAAGCCUACUAGAAAGUGCGUGCCCUCAGGCCUGGAGGGAAGCAAAAGUCAUUACGCUAUCCAAAAAUAGUAAAGCACGCCUUUACUGGCUCAAAUAGCAGGCCAAUCAGCCUGUUACCAACCCUUAGUAAACUUUUGGAAAACAUUGUAUUUGACCAGAUACAAUGCUAUUUUACUGUAAACAAAUUGACAACAGACUUUCAGCACGCUUAUGGGGAAGGACAUUCAACAAGCACGGCACUUACACAAAUGACUGAUGAUUGGCUGAGAGAAAUUGAUAAUACAAAUAUUGUGGGAGCUGUUUUGUUAGACUUCAGUGCGGCUUUUGACAUUAUCGAUCAUAGUCUGCUGCUGGAAAAACCUAUUUGUUAUGGCUUUUGUCACAAUCGUUAACGGAAGAUACGGACCAAGGCGCAGCGUGAUAAGCGUACAUUUUAUUAAGUACUUAACACGAACAAAACAACAAACAAACGAUACGUGAAGUCCUAGGUUACACAAAACAAACCUUUACGGAACAAGAUCCCACACCGACUAGUGCCAAACAGGCUGCCUAAGUAUGGUCCCCAAUCAGAGACAACGAGAUACAGCUGCCUCUGAUUGGGAACCACCCUGGCCAACAUAGAUCUAAACGAUCUAGAACAUCAACAUAGAAAAUAUAACACAGAAACUACACACCCUGGCUCAACAUUUCAGAGUCCCCAGAGCCAGGGCGUGACAGCUUUACACCCCCUGCUAUAUUGUGGAUAAAGAGUUACCUGUCUAACAGAACACAGAGGGUGUUCUUUAAUGGAAGUCUCUCCAACAUAAUUCCCCAGGGCAGCCAGUGUGUCUAUAUAUGCGGAUGACUCAACAUUAUACACGUCAGCUACUACAGCAAGUGAAAUCACUGCAACACUUUUAGAGCUGCAGUUAGUUUUAGAAUGGGUGGCAAGGAAUACGUUAGUCCUAAAUAUUUCAAAAACUAAACCCUUGAAUAGUUAAGUCAUGUAACUCCCAUCUAGUCAUGUCACUCAAAUGGAAGGUAACGUGGCUCCAUAUGAAACAGCAGCCAUGGGAUUGAGUCAGUUUAGGAAACAACACACAAGCCUAACAAUCUCACCGAUCAACAGCCUUUUUGAUACCAUUGUGUGUCCAACACAUCAAUCAAACCUAGAAAACAAAUAUAUCAGACUUUCAACCUGGUUCAUUAUGCGUUGUUUGUGUCUUUAAUCAUUAUGGCAUGAUCCACUCAAAGUCAGAUGAUGCCCCUUCUUGUCCUUUGCAGGUCAUUGUGUUUGUUUCCCUCUUCUUCAUCCUCCUCUCCAUCACAGCUUUCUGUCUGGAGACACAUCCGAACUUCCACACGAUGGAGAACCGCACAAAGCUAGUCUUGGAGGGGAACCACACCGAAGAGGUGACAUACUAUGUGAUGGUGAACAAUCCUGCUCUGACCAUGGUGGAGGGCGUCUGUGUGGUGUGGUUCAUCUUUGAGUUCCUGGUCCGUUUCACCUGCUGCCCCAACAUGCUGGUGUUUGUAAAGAACAUACUGAACAUCAUUGACUUUGUAGCCAUCCUGCCCUUCUUCCUGGAGGUGGGGCUGAGUGGUAAUGCCCUGGGCUUCCUGCGUGUGCUGAGCUUUCUGAGGAUCCUGAGGAUCUUUAAGCUGACACGCCACAUGGUGGGCAUGCGUGUGUUAGUCUACACACUAAAGGCCAGCGUUCAAGAGUUCUGCCUCCUCGCUGUCUCCCUCUCUAUUGGAAUCCUCAUCUUCAGCACCCUGCUCUACUACGCAGAGCACCUAGAGGCUGACCAUGAUGAAUAUUAUAUCAGUAACAUCCCCAAGGGCUUCUGGUGGGCGGUGGUUACCAUGACAACCGUGGGCUAUGGGGACAUUUUCCCCAUAACCUAUUCUGGCAAGGUAAUUGGAGCCCUAUGUGCUCUGGCAGGUAUUCUGACCAUAGCAAUGCCUGUCUCAGUCAUAGUCAAUAACUUCCGCCUGUACUACUCCCUGGCCAUGGCCCAACAGAAACUCCCAAAGAAGAAGAAGAGGCAACACCUGCCCUGUCUGGAGCACUCAGCCAGCCUUCUCCAAGAGGGGAGCAGCCAGAACGAUGGCUGUUAUAAGGAGAACAAGGAGAGGUCAUGUUCAGGUAAGGCAGUCAAGUCCCAGUCCACUGGGAUGCCAAAUAUUAUGUAAUAUAUCCCUAUUAUCGCUGCUCAGAAAAUAAGCUUUCACUUUUAGAGUCCAAUGCGCAUUUGAUUGAAUCCCGGUCUUAGUCUGGCUAUGUGACCCUGGAGAUAAAGACUGGAUCCUGGUUUUACCAUGACACCGGAUUUGGACAUAUUACUGUACUGUAGCUAUAUUAUCGCCAACCAUGAAUAACAUUAUAACAUUUUACAUUUGAUCAUCUUUAUCUUAACUAGCAGUCCAUCAUAUGGGCAAAGGACUACUAAUAUUAUUACUAUUUUUUAUUUAUUACUUCAUGUGUAUUCAAGGCGCUACAUAUUCAAGUUUAAGUCAAGAAAUGUACUGUAGUUAUACUCAUUUAUAUGUUACAGAAGUUGAGCAUUGAUUUAGACAUGAUGUAAAUCUGCCAAACAGAGUCAUGGUAGGCCUAAAGGAAUUUGAUUUUGAAACUGAGUAUUAAGAUUGUUGUGUGAGUUCCAUCCAUAUGUCACCUUUCUUUUUCUAUAUGUGAAACGAUGAGCUUACAAAAUGCUAUUUUGUAAUUGGAUAAAUAUUUGCCUGGUUACUUUUUAUUAAUGAUUUGUUAUGUUCUCUGUUUGGGUGAAAGCGUAGCAUUGUUGUUGAUAUUCAUAACAACAUGUUGCCAAGUCUGUAAUAAUCAAAAGGAUGUAUGGUUAAUCAGGAGAAAUAUAAACAGAUGAAAUGUAUUCUCUUUCAUAUAAAACAUGCAAACCUCUAACAAUAUUAACACAACAGAUUAAAACGUCUAAUAGAAAUGUCUAAAGCCUGUGUCUCCCUUACUAUUGGUAUACUUAUCUUCAGCACCCUGGAAUACUACACAGAGUGAGUGCAUGGUGACCCUGAAGACCCAACUUCCACUGCACACACUCAUUUUAAGAACAUCCCCAUCAACUUCUGGUGGGCUGUGGUGACCAUGACAACCCUGGGCUAUGGGGACAUGUACCCUGAGACCGGGCUUGGCAUGGUGGUCGGAUGUCUGUGUGCUCUGGCAUGUAUUCUGACCAUAGCCAUGCCUGUCCCAAAGAAGAAGAAGAGGCAACACCUGCCCUGUCUGGAGCACUCAGCCAGCCUUCUCCAAGAGGGGAGCAGCCAGAACAAUGGCUGUUAUAAGGAGAACAAGGAGAGGUCGUGUUCAGGUAUUUCAUAUCAUCAGUAUAUAUUUAUAUUAUUUUAUUUUAUUAAUAUCCCUAUUUUUGUUGCUCAGAAAACAAGCUAAACCUUUCUCUCGCUUUCCCUCUUAGAGUCCAAUGCGCCUUUGAUUGAAUCCCAGCCUAAGUCUGGCUAUGAGACCCUGGAGGUAAAGACUGAAUCCUGA